CCCGGAGCCAACCCCUGGUCCAAGGUCGCCAGCUCCAAGUUCACCCGGGACUUCAUCCUCAUCUCUGAGUUCUCAGAGCAGGUGGGGCCCCAGCCCCUGCUGACCAUCCCCGAUGAUGCGAAAGUGUCGGGCACUUUCGAUCUCAAUUACUUUUCCCUCCGGAUCAUGUCUGUGGAUUAUCAGGCUUCCUUCGUGGGGCAUCCUCCCGGCUGCGCCUACCCAAAGCUGAACUUUGUGGAAGACUCCAAAGUGGUGCUGGGAGAUUCAAAAGAAGGGGCAUUCGCCUACGUGCACCACCUGACUUUGUAUGACCUCGAAGCCAGGGGUUUUGUGAGGCCCUUCUGCAUGGCCUACAUUUCUGCUGAUGAGCACAAAAUCAUGCAGCAGUUUCAGGAACUCUCUGCGGAGUUCUCCAAAGCAUCUGAAUGCCUAAAGACAGGGAACAGGAAAGCUUUUGCUAGUGAACUUGAAAAGAAACUGAAAGACCUCGACUACACUAGGACUGUGCUGCACAAUGAAACUGAGAUCCAGAAGAAAGCCAACGACAAAGGGUAUUACACAACCCAAGCAAUUGAGAAGGCCAAUGAAUUGGCUAGUGUUGAAAAGUCUAUUAUUGAGCACCAAGAUCUGUUAAAGCAAAUCCGAUCCUAUCCCUAUAGGAAACUGAAGGACUCUGACUUCCACCCCUAUGAGCCAGAGUGUGGACUGGAUCAGGCUAAUGCGAGCUGUGAUCAGGACCUGACUACCUCUGACCUUGCUGAGCCUGGUGACACGCACCUUUAUGCACACGCGCCAUCCUAUACCCCCAAGCUCAUCAAAGCGAAGUCUGCUAAAUGCUUUGACAAGAAGCUGAAAACGCUGGAAGAGCUUUGUGAUGUUUAUUUUUUCACCCAAACUCUAGAUCAGCUGCAUCAGAUUGAGAGGACUUUCAGAGGUGAUGUGUGCUACCUCUUGACGAACCAGAUCAGCAGAGCACUUUUAAAGCAACAGAGUGUAACUAACUUUCUCUUUGAAGAUGCGUCUCUUCUAGAUGAAAAAGCACCUGAAAAGCAGUACAGAGGCUGCCAGAGAUUUAGUCCAGAUGCUGUCAACAGAAAGUGUUUGGAAGAGUCUCCCGCUCCGAAAGUGGUAAUCAGCCUGGGUUCUUACAAGUCCAGUGUGGAGUGUGUACCUAUCAAGAUGGAGCAGGAAAUUGAAGACUCGCAAGAACCCAAAAUGGCAGAAUCCAUAACUUUUGAACACCAGGACAAUUUGGACUAUCUCGAUGCAGAUAUUAAAGGGAGUAUCAGUAGCGGGGAGAGCAUUGAGGUUCUUGGAACGGAAAAGUCAGCAUCUGUUUUAACAAAGUCUGAGAGCCAGGCCAGCUUACCCAUCAGUCCGAGUCCCCAGGUGGGCAGGAGCAAAGUGGGCAGCAGGAGGACUGUCAGUGAGGACAGCAUUGAGGUUCUCAGCACGUGUCCCUCAGAGUCACUGAUCCCGGAAGACUUCAAAGCGAGUUACCCAAGUGCCAUUAACGAAGAACCUUAUGCAGAUGACGAAGAGGGAGGCCUUCAUUUCAGCCCCAAAUUAAACCUGGAUAAUGCUGACAAGCAGGAAGAUAGUUCAAAAGAGGAAAACUUAUUGCAGGUUGAUUCUGCCUGUUGCAUCGGGAAGGAGAGUCCCAACUUCCUUGAGCCUCUGCCUGACCUAGGCCAGAAGCACUGUGACGAGGAUGGGGUGGUCAGCAUUCCCCCGCAGCCGUACCGGCCGGCCGAGCAGGGGCUGCACGGGACUUUUGCUGGCUACCAUUCCCAUGACAGUGUCUCGGGAGGGCUCCUUCCCUAUGAACUCGAUCCGCGCUACUUGGCAGGCAGUAGGGACGUCAGUAAAACUAGCCUGGAUGAAUGUUUGGACUCCACGAGCUAUAUUAGCAGUGCCACGUCCACGUGUUCUGACCGAAGUCCUUCUCCUGCUUGCCCCGUAAUUCCCGUGAGUGAAAGGCACAAAAAAAAGGCUGGCCAGAACGCGCUGCGCUUUAUUAGGCAGUAUCCCUUCGCUCACCCUGCGAUAUACUCCCUGCUCAGCGGAAGGACCCUUAUCGUGUUGGGGGAAGAUGAAGCAAUAGUCAAGAAACUUGUGACUGCGCUCUCCAUCUUUGUGCCGAACUGUGGGGUUUAUGCCAAGCCUGUGAAACACUGGGUCACUUCCCCUUUGCACGUUGUGGAUUUCCAGAAGUGGAAGCUGAUUGGACUCCAGAGAAUGGUGUCCCCUGCCGGGGUGAACAUGUUGCAUGCUCUGAGCCGAUACAGCCGAUACAUUAGCAUCCUGGAUGCGGACAGUAAGACUCUCCGUUGCCCCCUUUAUAAAGGAACCUUGGUGUCCAGGCUGGCGGACCACCGCACUCAGAUCAAACGAGGGAGCACCUAUUAUAUGCACGUCCAAAGUAUCCUCACUCAGCUGUGUUCGAAAGCCUUCCUCUUCACCUUCUGCCACCAUUUGCACCUUCCCAUCAGUGAAAGGGAACCGGAGGAAUCUGUUGUGAAUCGCAGGAUGAACUUUCUGAAGCUCCACCUGGGCCUUGCCAAUGAAGAUAUCAAAAUUGUACAGUAUCUAGCUGAGCUGCUGAAGCUGCAGUACAUUCAGGAACCCGGCCAGGGGGUGAAUCCUCUGCUCAGAUUUGACUAUGUUCCCAGCUUUUUGUACAAAAUUUAGUAUCAUCUGGGCUGUCUGCUGUCAUACUUGGAUUCUGACAAAGAUCAUCUGUGCUUGACAUUGAUGCUGUCUGUAGUAGCUCUCAUACAUCAGGAAGGGGCAGAAAAGCUGAUGCCUUUGCAAGCAAGUGUCUCUGCUCAGUAGAAAUUAAUGUCCAAGUGACCUAAUUUCUACAUGGUUCCCUGUAGCCCAGAACUUGGAUGUUCCAUCAUAUAAAAACAUUGGCCACUCUGUUUUCAGAUGUUGAAAGGGACACUAUUAACUUCUAAAGCAUUGGAUAGUAGCAUUGAGGGAGGAUUAUGGCGCUGAGAGAGAUGGGCGCUCUUGUGAAACAAUACUUAGUAACGUGCACCCCCAAAAUAGGCAGUACUCUGCACGCUUCCACCAGAACGCUCUUGCUGCCUUCGGUGGAGCCAUGGCAGAGACCAGGGGAAGUAUAAAAGCCACACGAAGAUUUUAAUCCACUAGUAUCUUGCCUGCAUGUGGGGGGUAAUUGAUGUACGUGCUAAUGCUCCCUAGCAAGAGGGCAGCAUGCAGUUGUCUGCCUGUGUGAAGCAGUAGUUGAUGGUGUCCCUUUCUGCAUUUUCGGAGUUCCUGGCAAUUCCUAGAGCUGGUUGUUCCGGAGCCCGUAGGACAGCAAUGGAAGCAGGUGUGCUUCUGUGCAGAAAGCGUUUGCUGAUUUCUCAGCUUUGUUAAAAUCUGGAAUGUGGAAGGGCUCCUUUUCAACGUUGGCUAGCACCGAGGCUCCUGCUGUUGUGAAUGUAGAGCACUGUGCCUUGUGAACUUGUCGCAUCCUGUUUGCUUGGCGACCUGUGGGAAAGGUGGGAGGAAGAGGGAGACCAAGAAUCCUCAAAGCUUGUGAGGUCAAGGGUGACCUUCUAAAGAAAGACGGGAGCUGAACAGCGUGAGGGAAAGGCUCCUUUUUACAUGCUUUUUGUGAUGGGGAAACGAACGGUGCAAUGCUCUUGAAGGUAUGCUGUGAGGGACAGCAAGCUGUUAGAGCAGGCUGCCUGGCUGGCAAGACGCUAGUGCUCAGGCAAAAUCUAGGAUGAAUGUACUGGAUCCCAUGUUGUAUCCAUAUUGCUUUUUUUUGUUGGGGAACUGAAUUUUGUGCUUUGUGGUGAAGCAGGUUCGGUGUCACUGCAUGCUGCUUCUGGCCAUGCCAAUUUAUUUUAACGCCAAGCCUUUGUAAUUUCUUGACUACCUCUCCUGUGGCGUUCCUGGAUAGUUCUGGAUGGGGCAGAACUGCAGCUCUCUGAGCCUGGUCGUUGGAUACCGAGGACCUUCCUUUCAAAGCUUCUUUACUGCUAUCUGUGCCAGAAAGGUUGCGUCGCCAUCACGGCGAUGCUCCUGGAAGAUUGUUCCUGUCAGUGCUGAGUGUUUUGUGCCCGGCUCUUGGGGCACAGCACUUCCCUCUGGAAUCUCCUCGGAGGUGCAUCUCAUUGGCCGCCAUCAUGGGCUGGAGUUUGCUGCUGUGUCCAAUGCCAUGUGGUGACAGCAGCUUUCACAGUUCUUUUAAGCAAGAAAAAGUCUUGCUCGGAAAGAAAACUUGGGUUUUACUUCUUUUUAGCACUGUUCUCUUCUGAUUCUGGAGGGAAAGCAGCUUAGAUUUUACAAGAUUAGCUGAAGUACUAGGUUUUUUUCAAACCUCUAUUUAUUGUGAUUAUGUGAGACAGAGUGCUGGAACCGAGUAUAACAUUCCCUCCAUACCUGGGGAAGCUUCUGCGCGGAGUCUGGGGUUUGUCAGCGUAGUUUAGACUGCAUUGAAAAUUUCUGUGAUCACUGCACUGCUCGCCAACCUGUCCCUGAGGGCAGAGCGUCCUGGGAAGGCUGUCACGUGGCACCAACAUCCACACGCCGGUAGCGCUGCCUCCCCUCUCCUGCCUGCAAAGGAGUCUUUGAGGCAGUGCAGGAGGCAGAAACCAGCAAGGCAAAAGGCUCUAUUUUAAACAUUAGCAUUACUUCCGAUGGCUUACAGUGAGGCUAGCUCUGCCGAGAAUCUUGAGCUUGUGAUACGUAGGGAUUUCCAAGGCCAGAGGUUGCUUGUGAUUAUAUUUGUAGUGUGCAGCUGGGAGGCAGUGUGCCGUUGCCUUUGCUGGAGGUGAGCAGUGCACCAUGUCAGCUGUUGUGUGUCUGUGCGCGAGGCUGCAGAACUGCCUUCGCAUUUAAAAAGCAUGUUUAAAGACCUUUUCCUUUUCUGAUUCUGUGUCCUCCUGUAUGCUGCUGUCGCAGGUGAACUGGGUCUGCUAGUGAAAGACUUUCAUGCUCUUAGAAAACAUGUACUUUCUGAAGUAACUUGAAGCAUCUCCUUGUUGAUUUGUGUGCAUCUGAAUAACUUCCAAACUAAAGUCAAGGUAAGAUUGCCAGAGGGGGAAAACAUCUUAGUAAAUGAGUAAUGCAGGUGAUACUGGGCAGACGACAGCUGUGUGCAUGUUGCCCGACCCUCUGCACUGGAGAAGCGUUUGUCACAGGAGCUUGUGUUUUUGUGCUGAAAAAUGACCUGAUGCUACUUUGGAUCGAGGAGGGAGGGACAAACUAAACUUCCUCCAUGCUGACAGCUCGGAGCAGUAGAGCAGGACUGAUGAUAAGUGCUAUGUGACUUCUUAGUUACAAUGGUCUUUACCUGUAGUGUUUAGCUGCACUCAUAAAUUGGCAAAAAAUCACUUAUCUUUUCUCCUAUCAAAUCUGUAAUAUCUGAUAUUCAAGGCUAUGUUUAGCAAUACCUGUGCUUCUACCCGUCUGACUUUCUUUAUCUCUCUCCCACAAAGCAGUUCCGAAUCUCAGAGAAUGCCUUAGAGGCUUUAUCGGGACUGUUGCUCAUUCCUGAACAGGCUGAAAGGGGAGCUCCGUGUUACCUGCAACUCAGAUAUUAAGCAGGAGCUAAGGAGAAACAUGCCUUGAAGUGUUUGCCGUUGGGAAACUGGCUCACACUCGGGCGGGCUUAGCUAGCCUCUGAGCUCGCCUUCCCAUGCCAGGAAGCGUGCAGUUACGUGGACUCUGGCAAGCCCGUCGUGCGAGCGCUCAGCUGCAGCACCUCGGUGCAGCUGGAGCCCGUCCUGCCCUAACUGCCUGCAGUCCUCAGAGGCAGGAACUGGGGGAGUCCAAGCGCAGCUGGUGGUUGAGGAGCUGAAUUCCUCUUUGCUCAGUAAUUUUUUCUGUUUGACUUUCUGACCUGACUGUACAGUAAAGAUCCCUGUAUCAGCACUUUAAGUCUUUCUGCAUCUUCACUGUGUUACCUCAAUAGUUUCCAGUCUUAGAAAACUAAUAACAAGUUAAGAUCUUAGUACUAACAGCUCCAGCAAUCUUGGCAUGUUAGUUGGCUUGUACUGCACCACCCGAACAACGUGCGCUACCAUCCAGCCAUGCUUCCACCACUAGCAGGGCAGGUUCGUCGUGGCUGCUGUGUAAUACUAACCAGCCUUCGUGCAUCGACUCUCCAGCUGCGAGCCCCAGUGGUGUCAUGCGUGGCCGUUAUCCGCUUCUGUAAGUGCUGCCAGCAUGCCAUCACCUCUUGCACGGCUGGCUGUGGCUCCUUCCUCUCUGUGCGGGCCCUCAGGGAGAUGAGGUUUGUAAGCCUGACCAGAGAAUUCAUCAGAGCAAAGGUCUCCUGUGGCCUUCUGCUGAGCCAGGAGGACAGGGUUCAGUGUUCUUAUUCCUCUAGUUUCCUGUGUUUGAAGAUGUACCGUUAGCUCAUGCUCUCAGUUAAACUAGCUUACCGCUUUCAGAUGCAACCAUGAGGAUGGUCAGCCAUAGGAGUAGGUGAUAUUAACCCUACACAGGUUUCAUUUCUCAGAGAAUAGUGCUCAGAUUUACUUUCAUCCAGUAGCAAUCACUUCUAAGCAGCUCCAAAGCUGUCUUGCCUUGACUAGGGAAGUACUGCCUAUACUCUAGCAAUAUUAACCAUUUUGUAAGGGGUGGGAGAAGUGCUUGGGGAGCAAAAGCCAAUAGGGCUGAUGGCUCCGUAACUCCAAGCCUGUUCUUUGGUUUUCAUUCGGCAUUGGGGUUAGCGCAGGUGGCCCUGAUCCUGCAGGUAACUGGCCACUUUGCAGAAUCUGGUUUUGGAGAGCUGGGCAGGACCUGCUACAGGACACAGGGCUUGUAACAGCACUUUGAAAAGGCACCUGGAAUAAGGUGUGGUCAGAAACGCAGUGAGCUGCGAAGGAAAGUGCCUGCUCCAUGCUGUGCCCUGAUAGCACAAUGUGUUCGACAGAGCAACAGAUUGUACCCUAAUAUCUUUGAGUGGGCCUAGCACUUGCUACCAGAGCUUGAGAAGUCAUAAACCUACCACACGCUGGUUGCCAAGAGAUGCAUUUUAACUGGAAGGCAGAAACACAGGGUACCUGGUCCCGCUGGCUUCCUCAGUGCAGGGUGAGUCAGUACAGGGAUGGGGCUGGGAUAAGAACUGCCUUUGAGGGCUGUGAGUAGGCUGUGAUGAAUUCUCAUCUUAUGUUAAAGCACUGUAUCUUAUUACUGCAUGUCGAGUUAAUGUGUGCGUGCCUGUGUGUACAGAACGCUUGCGUCAGUAGUUAGAGCGAGUGUGAUCGGGAGAAAUCCGAGAAGCAUGUCUUAGUGUAGUGCUGUAAGUGUUACUGCACAAGAGUUUAACAGAUGUUAACACCAAAUGACUAGUCUGAAAAAUGUACUUUUAAAAAAAAUUAUUUAUUUGGGUUCAGAUAUUUUUGAAAUACAAAAAAUCGGUUGUAUUUUUUAAAGCUUAUAAUUCUUGUCAUACAUUGUGGUUAAAUUCUUAAUUUUACUGUGCUUAUUAAAAAAUGGUUCUACCUAAGCUUUGUGCUUCAGAUGCCUGAAAAGAGCCUGGAGACAUGGGCUAAUAAUACUGAUGGAGUUGGAAGACUGAUCUCUGGGGAGGGCUGUUGUGUGGAUGCAGGACAAAGCACCAGAGACCUGUUCCCCUAAUGUGGCUUGACCUUGUGAAAGCGCGUGGAGCUUGUGAAGCACCAAGGCAGAGCUGCCUCUGCCUUUGGGCGCUCUAGAAGGCGAGUCUUCGAGGCUGAAGCCAGCGAGGCUUUCUAAGGCUGCGAAGCCUCCUGUGCAAUCGCACACAGUGCGUGUGGCCCCAGGGCAAACAGCUCCUGCAGGAUGUGAACCCGAGCGGCUGUCCCAGGCUGCUGCGCCGUGCAGGUCAGUGUAACCACAUGUGCUGUUCCCACAGGUGGCAAGAGCUGGAUCAAACCCAAACCUGGCCAUAAGGUGAGGGUUACCUGCUCAGUCCCCUAACAGAAGCCGUAAUAUCCCCGUUGUAACGUUUAGUGGUCAAAGGGCCGGUUUCCCCCUCGGGGGGCUGUGCUCUUGGGGGAUCCCAUGAGAUGAAAUUAACCAAUUUAAGGGGGAUCCCUUAAGAUGAGGGAGGAGGUAAGAGCUGAACUAGGACCAGGAGCUGCACAGAAACCGGUGCCAGCAGGGAAGUGCUGGGAGCAGGCACUGGGGCAUCGCCUGAUGAGAGGGUCUGGGCAGUGGACUGAGGACAGGAAAAAG